CAGUUUCAUUGUGGCCCUGCAGAGCUAACGCCAUCACACGCAGCGGCUACGACGAGCAGCAGAGCGACAUCAGGGCCACCGCAGCAGCAGCAGCAGCAGCAGCAGCAGCGCAGUCCUCACCACUGUCUAACAGUUCCUUCAUAACGGCUAUGGAAUACACUGCUGCGGACUACUAGACGCUUUGAACUGGGCCUCUGUUUUGGCGGCGCACAAAGCAAUGUGGAGGAAAUAAAAAAAAUCCUGAUACGCUGAAAACCAGAGAUUAUAGAUAAUGGGCUGUGUGCAAUGCAAGGAUAAGGAAGCAACCAAACUCACAGACGACCGAGACACCAGCAUCUCACAGGGAGCGGGCUACCGCUAUGGGGCUGACCCCACGCCACAGCACUACCCCAGCUUCGGGGUCACCGCCAUCCCCAACUACAAUAACUUCCACGCCCCCGUCGGACAGGGGAUGACCGUCUUCGGAGGGGUCAGCACUUCAUCUCACACCGGAACCCUUAGGACCCGUGGCGGGACAGGAGUCACCCUCUUUGUGGCACUUUAUGACUACGAGGCGCGGACAGAAGACGACCUCAGCUUCAGGAAAGGAGAAAGGUUCCAGAUUAUCAACAGCACUGAAGGCGACUGGUGGGAUGCUCGCUCACUUACCACCGGUGGCAGCGGCUACAUUCCCAGUAAUUACGUGGCUCCAGUGGAUUCCAUCCAGGCUGAGGACUGGUACUUUGGUAAACUGGGCCGUAAGGAUGCAGAGAGGCAGCUGCUGUCCACCGGCAACCCUCGAGGAACCUAUCUCAUCCGGGAGAGUGAAACCACAAAGGGUGCCUUUUCCUUGUCCAUACGGGACUGGGACGAUGUGAAAGGUGACCAUGUCAAGCAUUAUAAGAUCCGCAAGCUGGACAGCGGCGGCUAUUACAUCACCACCAGGGCUCAGUUUGACACACUGCAGCAGCUGGUUCAGCACUACUCAGACCGAGCCGCCGGGCUCUGCUGUCGCUUGGUGGUUCCCUGCCACAAAGGGAUGCCCCGCCUCGCCGACCUGUCUGUCAAAACCAAAGACGUGUGGGAAAUCCCGCGGGAGUCGCUGCAGCUCAUCAAGCGUCUUGGGAACGGGCAGUUUGGGGAGGUCUGGAUGGAGAGUGCGGAUGGUUUGUGCUUUAAUUUAACGGGCGUGUGUGUGAACUACAUCCCUGACACUGUGGGCUUGAGUCAUGAUGCCUGGGAGAUCAGCAGAGAAGCACUUGAGUUGGAAGUAAAGCUGGGGACAGGAUGUUUUGCUGAUGUGUUUUACGGAACGUGGAACGGCACCACUAAGGUGGCGGUGAAGACUCUGAAGCCUGGCACCAUGUCUCCCGAGUCUUUCUUGGAGGAGGCUCAGAUCAUGAAGAAACUCCGCCAUGACAAGCUGGUGCAGCUCUACGCCGUGGUGUCUGAGGAACCCAUUUACAUCGUCACAGAGUACAUGGGCAAAGGAAGCCUGCUGGACUUCUUGAAGGAUGGAGAGGGACGAGGUUUGAAGCUGCCCAACCUGGUGGACAUGGCAGCACAGGUGGCAGCAGGAAUGGCCUACAUCGAGAGGAUGAACUACAUCCACAGAGACCUGCGCUCCGCCAACAUCCUGGUUGGGGACAACCUGGUGUGCAAGAUCGCUGACUUCGGCCUGGCCAGGCUCAUCGAAGACAACGAGUACACCGCUCGGCAAGGUGCAAAGUUUCCCAUCAAGUGGACCGCUCCGGAGGCCGCGCUGUACGGGAAGUUCACCAUCAAGUCGGAUGUGUGGUCCUUUGGUAUCUUGCUGACGGAGCUGGUCACCAAGGGUCGGGUGCCUUACCCAGGCAUGAACAACCGCGAAGUGCUGGAGCAGGUGGAGCGAGGCUACAGGAUGCCGUGCCCCCAGGACUGCCCCAGCUCGCUGCACGAGCUGAUGCUGCAGUGCUGGAAGAAGGACGCUGAGGAGCGGCCCACCUUCGAGUACCUGCAAGCCUUCUUGGAGGACUACUUCACGGCCACCGAGCCUCAGUACCAGCCCGGGGACAACCUCUAAACCCCCCCAACCACCACUCCUCUCUCCCGCCCGGGGGUCGGCCCCAGGGCUGGGGCAAGACUGACCCCGAUCAGUGCUGUUACAAAACUCUGGAGCCUUCCCAGCCAGGACUUUAUUUUAGGGAUGUGUACAGCUUCCUCAGCUCAACCCCGAGCAUUUUCAGUUCCACCACCAACACCCUAAAGACACAACCCUCAGUGUCCGACACGCCCCCUAGUGUCUGAACUCUGCUAAGGCGAAAAGUUAAAGAGGGUGGGAUGGAGACGGACGGAGGGGAUGUGAUAAUGGAUAAUGCAAUGAAAUACCUGUAUUCAAUGUAAAUAAGAAAAGGCUUGUUUUAGUUUGUUUGCUUCUGUUUCAGAUUUUAUUUUCUCCUGCACAAAAUAAUAAUAAUGGUGAAAAAGGAAGAGAAGCAUUUCAGACGAGCACCUGAGCAGGCACAGUUAAUCUGUAUUAUACUGUAGCUCCUGUAUUUUUUUCUAGAGAUUGAAUUGGAAGCCUCGAUAUAUUUUUUUCUCAUUUGUGUAAAAAAAAAAAAAAAUCCACCCACAGAUUAUUGCUUUAUUCUUGACUCUUCAGUUAGUAGAAUCGCAGAGGCUUCUUCAGAGCAUGACGCAGUCCUCCAUUUUUGUUUUUCUUUUCUUGCACCCCCUAAAGCUUCCUCAGAGUGUAAUGUAAGGCUACUGCUGUAUGGGUCAAGGUUCUUUUACAAAUGAUAUACAAAUGUCACAUUUUUGUAAAUUACAGCCAAGCGUGUGCGGGUUUUCAACAGAUCCCUCCACGCUUAGGAUUUUGAGAAAAGUCGGGUGAAAACAUUUCUGUCUUUCUACCGCGAAUGGCUGGGAGACAGAGAGGUCGGAUUUAAUCUUAAUUUAAGAGUGCGUACGUCUUAUCUGAGCUGUCAUUCUGAGGCCCCUCCUCGUCGGAAGUCAGCACAGACGGACCCGGACCACUUCACCUCCUGAGUUUUUCUUCUUUUAUGUUUUACUGACAUGGUUGUAUUCUAUCAGUAUUUGAGUUUUUACAGUUUUUAUUUAACCCUUUUAAGUGACCCUCUCAGAGUCCAUUGUACUGUAUGUUCAGGGGAGGUUUGGGGCCGAUUCUUGUUGCAGUUCAGAGUAAACAUUCAAAAGAAACUGUGAAUUGAAAAUGAACCCGGCCCUGACCUGGUCUUAAUGCAGAUGGUUUCGUGGCCAAUGGGAACCCCUCAUUUUUGAGUUGUACAGCUAAGUGAUUUUAUGUGUCGCUAACUUCCCUCCUUUAUAUUGUUUCAUUUCCAUUUUUUAACAUAACUUGUUUUGUUAUUUCGGUGAUUUGGCGUUUCGAAAUUCCGAGAUAAACAAUAAACAUUUUACACUCUU